AUGCGAUUCGUAAAACAUGCCUUCAUUAUUGUGCUUGUCACCUUUUAUGUUCUUGCAUCGGUCAAGGGCGAUUCGACUUCAACCUCAAGCACAAGUUCCAGCUCAGGAUCCAGCUCAGGUUCCAGCUCAAGCUCUUCAAGUCUUGAAUCAGUUUCUCAAUCAGUUUCUAGGCCUUUUGAUGUAUCAAUGAAUAACCCUGAUCCCAACAGCAACGCUCUUUCGACAGCUGAAAAGAAACGGAUUAGAAAUCGGGAUUAUAUGCGGGAAAGACGAAAACAGUUUCCGGAAUUCAACCGAGAACAACGUCGCAACUACCAAAAAGCACACGAAAACGAUCCAGAAUGGAGAGCAAACAAGAAAGCAAUUGAUCAAGCGUAUAGAGAAAGAUACAAAGAGCGCAAGAAGUUAAGGGAUAAAGCUUACCGUGAAAGAAAUCAUGAUGCUAUUCUGCAAAGACAGAGGAAAGCUCGAGAGCUGAAGAAGCAAAGAUCACAAAGAGGUGCAUCUGAGGUCACACUUGUAACAAAAAAGCGCAAGACCCAAGAAUUGAUCAAUCAGUCCGGUCAAAAGAGGGCUCGAGUACGAGUAGACCCAGAUCAACAAAGCAAAAGCACAGAAUCUCCCGUCGCUCAACGGCAGCCAAAUAGUCCGAAAACAACCCACGCUUCCCAAACCCUGUCAGAAAGAGAUCCCAGCAGCCCAAUUGACCAUCCUCGCCUGUCACAAGGUAGAAACGUCUUGCGUAUAAAGCUUUCUCAAAAAACGAUUGACAAAUAUCUCUCUCAUCAGAAGCCACGUAGUCCCAGUCAUUAA